UGCAGGAUGCGUCCGCUGGCUCUCCUCUGUGUCCUUGUGACAGUCUCUGUCUCCUGGGCUCGGCCUCACCGCCCCACUGCCUCAGAGAUGGCCAACUUUAUUAACAAGGCCAACACCACCUGGACGGCUGGGCAGAACUUCGAAAAUAUUGACAUCAGCUAUGUGAAGGGACUGUGCGGGACUAUACUGAAUGGACCCAGGCUGCCAGAGGUGGUUCACAGCACUGAAGGCAUAAAGCUUCCAGACAGCUUCGACGCACGCCAGCAGUGGCCCAACUGUCAGACCAUCCCGCAGAUCAGGGACCAGGGAAACUGUGGGUCCUGCUGGGCCUUUGGGGCAGCUGAGGCGAUAUCCGACAGGGUAUGCAUCCAUAGCCGAGGUCAGAUCUCUGUGGAGAUCUCUGCUGAAGAUCUGCUGACCUGCUGUGAUGAAUGUGGCAUGGGCUGUUUUGGUGGAUAUCCGUCUGCUGCUUGGGAGUUCUGGGCAAAGAAAGGACUUGUGACGGGAGGCCUGUUUGGCUCCAAUGUUGGCUGCCGACCCUACACCAUCGCUCCCUGUGAGCAUCACGUGAAUGGGACUCGUCCUCCGUGUCAGGGUGAAACAGAGACUCCUAAGUGUGUGGCGCAGUGCACUGAUGGAUACUCGCCAUCCUAUCCGAAGGACAAACAUUUUGGUAAACGCUCGUACAGUGUCCCGUCCCAACAGGAGCAGAUCAUGACCGAGCUGUUCAAGAACGGGCCUGUGGAGGCAGCUUUCUCUGUAUAUGCUGAUUUUCUGCUGUAUAAGACUGGUGUGUACCAGCAUUUGACAGGAGAGAUGCUGGGCGGCCAUGCCAUCAAGAUCCUCGGCUGGGGGAAGGAGAAUGGGACGCCUUACUGGCUGGCUGCAAACUCCUGGAACAGUGACUGGGGAGAUCAAGGUUAUUUCAAGAUCAAACGUGGAAAUGAUGAGUGCGGUAUUGAGUCAGAGGUGGUUGCAGGAAUCCCACUCAGCUAGAUUAAAAGUCCCCU